AUGGUCCGCUAUUCGCUCGACCCUGAGAACCCGACUAAGUGUGAGUAGCUACCGGGGGGUGAUUGUCUCCCUGGCUUCUUUCAUUGGCUAGGUCGCUAAUGCAUGCUAGGUACUAUCCUUCUGGCAGCAGGAUAUUUUAAGUUCUACGUGCCUAUAUGCAAUGGUUGUAAUGAUGACUUUCUUAGGACACCUUUGGAUUACCCAUGAAAAUAAAUAUGAAUGAGGCUGAGCAACCGCAUGUACAUUUACUUACAUUUUAGUCAUUUAGCAGACGUUCUUAUCCAGAGCGACUUACAGUUAGUGAGUGCAUACAUUUUCAAACUGCCCCCCCGUGGGAAACGAACCCACAACCCUGGCGUUGCAAGCGCCAUGCUCUACCAACUGAGCUACAGGGGACUUACCAUUGUUUAAUCACCAUACUUUUGUCUUGUGACCUCACUGAUUAUUGCUGUACUUUUUCCUGCAGCAUGCAAGUCGAGGGGCUCUAAUCUCCGGGUCCACUUCAAGGUAUGGCGUUGUCUUUUCAAACUGAGUGACAUGAGAAGUUGAUUUCAGUCCUGUUGUCUACUGUAGUUCAAUCAAUGUGGGAGUUGGUCAAUAUUGGUAGAUAUAAAUGGGUACAGACUUAAAGGUGUGAUGCUUUGCUAUGAUGACAACAUUGGAGACCUUUGGAAUCAAAUGUGACAAUAUCUAACAAAUAACUGAGCAAUUUUGCAUCUAUGGCUAUUGGACCAAACGUUAUAACAUGUUAUUUAUAUAUGUAGCUACUACAAUAUAUUGAUGGGUUUGUUGGUUUCCCAUCAGAACACCCGUGAGACAGCUCAGGCCAUCAAAGGCAUGCACAUCCGGAAGGCCACCAAGUACCUGAAGGAUGUUACCGUCAAGCACCAGUGUGUUCCCUUCCGCCGCUACAAUGGGGGUGUCGGCAGGUGUGCCCAGGUGAGCUCCACAUCAGUUAUAGUUGCCCUAGCAUCUAUUGAAAUGCCUAUAGGGGACUCGGCUUGGUAUCUUCAUGAGAAUUUUAACUCUUUCCUAUAUUUCCCAUGUAAAAGUAGUGGAAUUUGAAGUUACAAAAAAAGUGUGCUUUGGAGACUGGUACAAAAUGGCUUACAAUAUUUCUGCCAUCAGAAAUUGUGAAAAGGUAUUAUCAGACCUUGCACAUAGUCAUGUUUUUUUAAUGUGCCUGAAUGAAAUGGUUGCAGUGAUGACUUUCUUAGGACACCUUUGGAUUACCCAUGAAAAGAAACAUGAACGAGGCUGAGCAACCACACAUUUGCACUUGUCUACCUUAAUAUGUCCCAAUGUGGACCAGAAAUUGGGGUAUUUCUUCUGGCCCAGUCUGGUAUGCACAACUGACAACCAUUCCUCUGCAGGCCAAGCAGUUUGACUGGACACAGGGACGCUGGCCCAAGAAGAGUGCAGAGUUCCUUCUCCACAUGCUGAAGAACGCUGAGAGCAACGCUGAGCUUAAGGUAAUGUUGGUUUAUUUGCUAGGCCUGUGUUUUAUUGUGGCAUGCCUGUAGUGGAGAGUAGUGAAUUUUUUUAUGGCUUUCUCUUGUCCCUCUGCAGCAGACCAUAUGGUGAGCAAUGUGUUUGGACCGUGGAAUCUCAAUAAAAUCAGUAUUCAAUCUCAAUGCAUAUAGAAUCGCAAUAUACAUGUCGUAUCGGCACCUAAGUAUAGUGAUAAUAUCGUAUCGUGAAGUCCCUGGCACUUCCUAACCCUAGUGGAGAGAUGGGUGAGAAGUAUGAUGCUAUCAAGCUUGUAGCAAAGACUGCAUGUUUGGGAUUUAUUUUAUUUGGGUUCAAGCUGUGUAACGCACACAAUUCAUGAUUGCAAUGACCGUUAACCAUGAAAAUGAUAUUGGAACGGAGUCAUGAUGCUUGCUGACCAGUUUGGUCUUUGCUCUGUUCUGACAGGGUCUGGAUGUAGACUCCCUGGUGAUCGAGCACAUCCAAGUGAACAAGGCCCCCAAGAUGCGCAGACGCACAUACCGUGCCCACGGUCGCAUCAACCCCUACAUGAGCUCGCCAUGCCACAUUGAGAUGAUCCUCACAGAGAAGGAGCAGAUUGUUCCCAAACCAGAGGAGGAGGUCGCCACUAAGAAAAAGGUACACAUGUGCCAAAGCCUUUUAAACAGAAUCUGCUUAGUGUCUUUCUGAUAUUUACUCUUCCACAUAUUUCCCAUGUAAAAGCAGCGUGAUUUAGAAGGAACAAGAGCUCUGUAGAUGGGAUCAAAAUGGUUUACUGUCCUUCUGGCAUCAUAAAUCGGGAAGUCUAAUCAGACCUUACCCUUAAGUUUUUUAUACAUUCCUGUAUGAAAUGGUUGCAAUGAUGACUUUCUUAGGACACCUUUGGAUUACCCAUGAAAAUAAACGUGAAUGAGGCUGAGCAACCACACAUUUGCACUUAUGUCUGUCAUUCUGUCCCUAUGUGGGUAUUAUCAGAAUUGGUAUGGUAUAUGUUGGUCUGAUGACAUUCUUUGUCCUGCAGGUUUCUCAGAAGAAGCUGAAGAAGCAGAAACUCAUGGCACGGGAGUAA